UUGCGCGCUCACGUGAAUUGAAGUAGUAGCAUUCGAAGGUUUUUCGAUCAUCACCUGGCUUGAUUCGCGUCUUUAAGUCUUCACCUGGGUCGUUCACAGUGGCCAUGGCUGAGCCAUCAAACUCCACCACCGUGCCACAAGCGGAGGCUUCGUCUUCCAGCAAGGCGCAAGAAGCGUGUGCACAGUGCAACAAGGCCGAUGUGCCGCUAAAGGCAUGCAACAAGUGCCACACCACAUUGUACUGUGGUAAGGACUGCCAGAAAGCACAUUUCAAAACGCAUAAGAAAGCAUGCGCAUCACUUGCGCAGGAGUAUGUGAAGAACAACGAGCCCAAGAUGGCAAGCAGAUCAGCACCGAAGGCGAAUGAUAGGAACACUGGAUAUAAGAAGUGGGAGUUCGACACAUGAGCACUGAGCACCGAACAUAGGAUCCAAGGUAUCGGAAUGAAUCAUCACACAGUUUUCGUCUGCGCUCCGCUCCGCUGCACAUUGCGUGAGGUCUAGAUGCGAUGGCGGAAGCACAGAGCCUCUUCUUCGGUAAAACGGCAAGAUGAUACAACGACCUCGCCUACGGCAAAGACGGCAGCAAGUAAUCACAACAUUUGCGCGAGUCUAUCCAGCAACAUUAGUAUCCAG